ACUUCCUAAAUAAAACUACCAUGAUCUUAAAAAAAUAAAAAUAAAAGCUCAAAGGUUCUCUCUAUCUCUUCACGAGGCCUCUUUUACUGCAAUCAGAUAUUUGGUUAACGUCAGCAAUGACCUCGCAAUCCCCACCCACAAUGGCGCUCUUCGCACGCGCCACCCACUCUGCCUUCACCCGUCGCCCGUGGCGCGAGUUCCUUUCCUUCACAUCAUUCGCUACCCCAUUAUCAUCCGGCGACUCUGCCGCUCGCAUGAAGCGAAACCUGAACUACUUCCGCGUUAACUACUCCAUGCUAAUCCUGGCGGUCCUCUUCCUCGGCCUCCUAUGGCACCCAAUCUCCAUGAUUGUCUUCUUGGUCGUAUUCGUGGCUUGGUUCUUCCUCUAUUUUUUCCGAGGAGAUCCCUUGUACAUUCUCAACCGUCCGAUAGACGACCGCCUCGUGCUGGCGAUCCUCGGCGUAAUUACGAUCGUAGCUCUGGUUCUCACCGACGUUUGGUUGAACGUGUUGGUUUCGAUUUUGGUGGGAGCUUUGACCGUGGGACUACACGCUGCGUUGAGGGGAACGGAGGAUUUGUACUCGGGUGGAGCGGAGGGUAGCGAUGAGGGGCUGGUUUCGGUUGUGGGCAGCCCUUGCUAAUUAGUCAUUUAAAGGUGAACUGGUUCUUUGCUAUUGUAUCAAGCUGCUUUCAUUUGAUAAUUACACCUUUCAUUUUCCCUUUGUUAAUAAAAUUAAUAUGGGUUUAGUUAGGAUUUGGCAUUUGGCCUUUUUGUCUUUUAAGUAAUAAGUUUGGAUUUGGUGUCUCUACUAUUGCACGCAA